UUGAGCGUGCAAGUCGCUCAAUGCGGCUUUACGUGCACUUCGAGCCGUCGGACGAGGAGCUGGCAUGGACGAAGCGGGUCAAUUUACCCCCAGUAGACGACAUUAGUACGUGUCCGUCUGUUCGAUCAGUCCUGCGCUGUUUCUUCACUGCAUACAACGCUAAAUUCCGCUCUAAGACUUUGCCCGAGCCGGGAAAUGUCGACGUCUACGUGGAAUUUCAUCAAAACGCAUCGUCUCGUCGACUGUUAGAGUCGCUAGAUGAGUCCGUCGCCGAGAUUGGCAGCUCUGCAGGUUGUACAGAUAAAAUGCUGCUCAAGAGCGGCAAAACGUGCGAUUUCGAGCUCGUGGUGGUCCCCAAAGAGCCGCAGAGGAAAGUUCUAGGCCCUGAGCCUCCUCCAGCGCUUAAAACUAAGUUCAAGUAUUUAGCUGAAACCAUUGAAGAAGACGGUCGGGAUUCCAAGCUUCAUGGAGUUUUGGAGCUGGCGGCCACUUACAUGAAGCAACAGAAGUUUCGAGCUGCCAGGGAGAUUUAUACUGAUGUGGUAAUGAAGAAGGAGCCACUCAAUCCUGAAGCUUUGGUAGCACUUGGGGAUAUUUUGGUAGCUAAUGGACAGCAUGAAGAAGCAGUGGAGGAAUAUUUUUUUAAAUGCUGGAAGGAACAUGGAGGGGAAGAAUGUGGCUGCAAGGCUCAUGCCCAAGUGGCGUUUACGAGCGGACUGAAAAUUGCAGAGUGUUACAUUGAGCUGGGGAAGUUUAACGAGGCAGUGAGGAUUUUGGACGAGAUGCAGACGUUUUUACGUGUGAAUAGUGGGAGUACUGGGGGAGAAUUCAAGCGUAAGAUCUUCUUUCCUGACACUGAGGAACGAUUAUGGAUGGAGGAGCAGAUGGAUGUUUUGAAAGCACGAGCUCUGUAUGAAACAAAAAGUUUCGAUAACCAGGAGAACGCCAUCUCGCUGAUUGUGCACUUGUUACCGGAUCUGGCAGCACCUACAUUGAACCUGGACGCCCUGUUUCUGUAUGCUAAAAUUGCUUUCGACCGCGGCAAGAAGAGUGAGGCUCUUAGUAUGGCGUUACGUGUGCUAGUGGGAAAAUCAAGUGAUCGAGCUGUCAAGAAAGUGCUUGUUUCGUUUCUAAACGACUCUGGUUGGAUGGAACGAUUGAAGAAUGGAGUCCCUCCUAAUGGUCCUUCAGCAGGAGCUGCAUAUGCGUUUAUUGCGACAAUACUAAAAGAUUUGGGCGCUGUGGAGAAAGCAAUUGCGUGUUUUCAACUGGCUCAAGAUUGUGAUCCACAAAAUGCCUCGUACGCACUCAACCACGCGCAUGCGCUAGAAAUUUGCUGUCGAUAUGCCGAGGCAUACCAUAUCUUGACUGUGUUCUUUCGCCGGAAUGGUACGCUAAAAGUCGGAAGCGGCGGCAAUGAGGCUGCUAAAUUGCUUGCUGGGUCAUUCGUUGAAAUUCUCGAUCUUGCGAAGGCAUGGUAUGGUGGACACAACGGCAAGCAAGCACCAGGUGUACUCAGUGAAAUACAGGGGUAUCGAUGGUGCAUAGAGUGGGUUUCUGGAAAUGGGGGAUACGCAAAGGUGACCCCGCCAUCUUCAGACUCGUUGGAUAUGGAAGAUCCGAAAGUUACUCCGCUACGCCUUCACACGGUGCAAGCAAAAAUAAAGGCUUCUUCGGUUUUACCGGAUGCGGAGCUGGACCUCCUGGCUUGCUUUUUCACGAUCGUCAAAAUACUGUUCGUCAAUGGUCGAUUGUCCGUGCUGCCAUCGUUGAUUCGUGUGCUUGAGCCCCUUCGACUGGGGCGUGAGCUGCACCGAACAACAAUACGCAAUGAACAGGCUUAUUAUGCUUGUAUCGCGCAACUUCUUUCGAUCGAGAAUGCACUGGUAAUGUCGCCUCCAGUGUCUCCAGACGGUUGCCCUGAUGCGAUUUAUAUAUGUGGUGAUUCACACACCUUGGCAACCGCAUGGCGCGAAAUCAGCCCCCAUGAUGAACAAAUUCUGUUGCGGCCAGCUCUCGUGACUGGUCUCAAGCACUGGCAUCUUAGGAAGGAGUCCACUUUCUACCCUAAACUAAAUUUUUGGCAUGUUGUUGCGAAUAUCCCGAGCAAAUCCCGAGUCAUCUUUUUAUUUGGUGAAAUCGACUGCCGCGAGGGGAUACUGGAAGCAGUUGAGAAAUGUAAAUACGAGGUAAACACUGUGAUAAUUGUACACUAGAAUGCUGAUAGGCCUACAAAACUUGUGAUAUAUUCGUUCUACUUGUAGACGAUUAAGGAAGGUAUGGAACACGCAAUCGGCAUCUUCAUGGAGGUUCUUUCGGACAUAGUGGAGAAGUUCGAGUUUGAUGUGUAUAUCCACCCAGUCGUGCCAGUGCUGGAUGAGACGCGCUCACUGGUAAUCUCGUACAACAAGCUCUUUCAGAAACGUGUCGAUGAGAGCUCAAUCAGCAGGUAAGACGUACUCUAUUACAUCGCAACUUUAUUUUUUUUUUCAUCUAUCAUAUCUUGCUUGUUCAGGUGGCUGGACUUCCACGAUGACUUGGUGUGUGGAGAUCCGCCAAAGCUUCGACCAGAAUUUCGAUUAGACGGCACUCACUUGCAUCCAUCAUAUCUAUCCAAGUUAGAAGAAGCGCUCAAACUGGCUGAUGCACGAUAACUCCUCAGCUGAAAAAAAUUUCAAAGAACAUCGUUGCAGGAUGACGACAGCUCUUGGGUCAGAAUGACUUGUAAUCGAUACAAAGCUCCAGCUGCCGUCGGACGGUCUGCUGGGUCGACUGACACGCAGGAACGACCCAGCUCCACCACCGCGCUGGGACUCAUAUAGGAGAACUCCACAGUUAUUUCUCCCGUUGAAACUCUUUGCAGGAGUGUGGCAUCACCAAGCUCACGACCCUCCGUCUCACGACUUUGUCGUUUGACUUGCGCGUAGGGCAGCGUGUGGACAUCCAGCUCAGAUAUCACAACACCUAGCGAGAAUAUAUCCGCCUUAACACCGUAUCGUUCUCCAAGCAUCACCUCAGGCGCCAUCCACAAUGAAGUCCCAACGCCUGCAGUCAUGGUUCGAUCAAGCCGUUCGCGUGAAAUCCCGAAAUCGGUCAGCUUGGCUGUCAUUGACUGGUUUAAUAAGACGUUGCGUGACUUGAGAUCUCGGUGAAUAACUGGCGAACGUAAGGAGUGCAGAUAUGUUAAAGCAUGGCAAAUAUGAAGCGCAAUUAUGGCUUUCUCCCUAUCGAUACCGAUAGGAUGGUGCUCUGCUUCAUAUUUAUUCAAGAGUGUUCGCAAGUCUCCACCGUCCAUGAACUCGAGAACAACGCAAAGAUCUGAGAGAGAGUCCCACGCGACACCGACAUAGUAGACGAUAUGUGGGUGAUCCAUCAUGGCAGUCAUUUUUGCUUCGGUCAGAAAUUCGUUGACGUGCUGGAGAUUGGAACGCGUGGCUGAUAGCAGCAUCUUGACGGCUACUUGUUGGCCAUUGAAGAAUCCACAGUAAACUUCUCCAAAAGCACCCCGACAUAGAAGCUUCUUGAUAGAGAUCUUGUUCCGAGGAAUUCGAGUAGCAGUGAUGGUGUCGUCGUCCCAAAGACCACUUCGAGUCUCCACUGGUGUUUGCUUUUUCAAUCGUCUAUACAAGACAAUGAUGACAGCAACUUGUGCGAGCAUAAUGCAGCUAAAGGCAGAACAGACGAUAGUAAGAGCACUAACAUCACUGGAGGAAUCCGAAGCUUCUUGGGGAAUGUGGUCGUAGUUACUGUGUCCGCUGUGACUGCCGUCCCGAGAGCUGAUAGUUGCAGUGGGGUUAUCAUUCGAAAUUUCCGGUCCUCUGCUUGUAUACCACACAUAGUUGCUUGAGCUGCAUUCGUGGUUUGCCUUGGCGGAGUUAUUGACAGUCUCGGACGCAUAUGCCACUGAACAACUCGAAUCGGAGAAAUACUGAAUAUCUGCCGAUCCGUCACUGUGUAGGAUGCUGGUCGAGUAUCCUCCGGUAUGCUUGUUCUCGGCGCACCGUCCAAGUGUUGUGGUGCCAUAACCAUAGUGCAAGGUGGAGCAAUUGUUGUCCUCAAAUCUCAGAACGAUGAUAUAGGAGACGUCAUUCAGCAUGCUUAUCAUACUGGUCACGUAGUCUGUGGAGCACUCGAUCGACUCCGCAUCGUCGGAUGUGGAAGCUGUCAGAAGUCCAUCAUUCGAACAGGUCAGCGAAGUACAAUUGGCGACUUCGACUGCGUGAACUUGAUACGCAUAGUUGGAACUGCAAACAUCAUCCGAGUAAUAUGUUGCUAUCGAGUACAUCGCCACGGCAGCAACAGGUAAAAUCUCAUGAAGCAGGAUCCAUAGCAGGUGAAUCAUGAGCACGGGUGUAUCCGUCAGAAAAUUGGCAAUGGGUCAGAAGUCGAAACGUUGGCUGUAACCAGCACGACUCCUCCCUGCAAUCCAGUUCUCGAUGGGUGCAUCAAUUCGAAGGGGUGGUAGCUGAAAUGAGCUGAAAUGAUGUCAGCAUGGUACACGUGAAACCUAUAGUAGACUUCGUCUUCUGUAUUUCAAACCUACAGAACGCUUGAAUACCAUUUUGUCUUUUCCUAUGUCC